AUGACAGAACUUGUGUUUAGAAUUGACUAUAACGACCAAGAAGCUUGCUUAGAAGCAGCCAAACAAAUAACCAAAUAUAUGAUGAGCUACAAAGAAGUGCUAAAUAGAUACACAGAAGGAUGUAACUAUGACACUGCAAGUUCUUCAGAGAAAAGGCUGCUAUUAGAGCAAUUCAGCAGUUUCUGCUUGCUAAUUAUCCAAUCUUGUGUAAGCGAAAUUGAAUUAUUAGAAGACGAAUUGGAUAGUUCAAAGUUGUAUAACGACGACUGCCAAAAAUUAAUUAAAGAGUUAGAAGACGCCAGGCAACAAAUUGAAAAUUUGAAAUCAUUGAAGAUGCAGGACAAAACUCCUAAGAAUUCUGAUAUAGAAUUGCAUCAGAAUUCAAGAGAAAAAUUAAAGUUAUCUACGAUUAGCUCGAAAGAAGCUGAGGUAGGAAUAACUAUGAGGUCGAAUCAAUUCAAUGAUCCUAUAGAAACGGCUAUUGUAUACCAAUGAAGUUCUACAAGGAUUCAAGCUGCAUGAAGAGGAUAUGUGAUGAGGAAACAGUAUUAUGAACUUUUAAACGAAUAUAUUGAUCAGAGUAGAGCCAUUCCUACUCAAGUCUCUGACGAAGAUAUUGCAUUUUGUGACAGAGAGGAAUUUCACAUUAUUGAGUUAAUAGCAAUUUCAAUCAGAAUAUACUAUCACAAUUUAUUUAUAAAAAUUUUUAGUUAGUUUCUAACCAUAUAUUAUGAAAAUAGCCUCAAAUUCUAUUAAAACUAAAAAUCUUACAUUUGAGCAGUGCUUUCGGGCAAUUGACAAAGACGACAAAAAAGUCAUCUCAUGUGAUGAUUUUAUUUCUUUUUUGGAAAAUCUGAGGCUAUGCUUAACAAAAGCUGAAAUUUCGAGGCUGGUUUUGAUUUUUGAUGAAGAAUGCAAAGGGAAACUAGAAAUUCAAGACUUUUAUGAUAUUUUGGCCGCUUAUAAGGUUGAGACUGAAAAUCACCGAGUGAUGAGCAAGCCUGUAGAAGUCGAUGCUUUAGCCAAUUUUAUGAAAUUCAUAGAAAAUAGAAAACUAAGCCCAGAAGAAAUAUUUGAAAUUAUUGAUACCAACAAAAAAAACCUAAUUCUCAACGAAGAUUUAAAAAGUUUCCUUAUAAAUAUUGAAUCAAACCUUAAGCAAAGAGAAAUUGCUUCUAUAGUAAGGAUACUUGAUCCUCAUAUGACUGGAGAAAUUACAAAAGACACCUUCAUGAAAAUCAUGAAUAAAGGAAACCAAGCUGUAAAAAUUGAAAAUUUAAUUAAAACAAGAAAACCCAGGACUCGUUACAAUUCAGACGGAAAAAAAGAAAAAAUUAGCAAGCCUAAGAAAGAUAAAGAUAUUAGAAGACUUAUUAAAAAAAUAGAAGAAAAUGGUAAAAGUGUAUCAGAGUUCGUAAAAAUUUUACAAAAAGAGAAUAAAGGGAGAGUUGCUAUACAAGUUUUUUCGAAAGCACUAGGCUCUGUAUUUCCUUCUAUAAAAAAAGAAGAAAUUAUCAAGCUAUUAAGCUUCUUUGAUUUAGAUAAAGAUAGUAUGAUUAGUAUCAAGGAUAUUGAAAACUUCUUUAUAAACCAUGCGUCAAGCCACAAAUCGACCAAAAAGUUAUUUAAAAAAUUAGCCAAAAAAAUACAGGAGUCAAAUACCCCAACCCUUGAAUUUUUUGCAAAUGAAAAAAUAAAUGAUUUUAUGGACGAAAAACAGUUUAUAGAAGAUAUAUCAAGAAUUUUUAAACUUUCUCAUGAAAAAUCCGAACUUUUGUAUAAUUUUUUGAAAGUUGAAGACCUGGAUGGUGUUCCCAUUAAAAGUUUAGCUGCUUAUAUUGACUCUUAUAGAUCUGACUUGCAGCUAAAUGAAUCAGAAAUAGAAAAAGCUGCAAAAGAGCUUCUAGAGACUUCUAGAAUUAUGCCAGGAAAUGCAGCUGAAGAACUAACAAAAAUAUUCAGCACAUUAAAACUUAGCCCAUUAGAUGUCUUCAAACUAGCUGACAGGCAGAAUAAUGAAAAAAUUGGCAUAGGAAGUUUCACCAAAACAAUUCUAAAACUUUUCCCUAAAAUCAACGAAAAUUUAUUAAAUAGAGCAGUAAAACUUUUCAAAGGGCCAGUGAUAACCCAUGACGAGAUGAUAUCUAGAUUUGAUAUCGAAAUUGAGCCUGAAGAGCCAUCAAUUGACUUUUCCAACUUAUCUGAAGAUCAAAUCAGAAUGUUUAAAAAAUUAACCAGCGCUUUUCUUGAGACAAGCUUUACUCCGCAGACUUUUUUUAUUAAUGCUGAUACCGAUCAUGAUGGUAGAAUCAGUACAGCAGAUCUCAUUGGAGCUAUGAAAAAAUUAUUUUCCCCAAAAAUCCUGUCAAAUGCUGAUAUAAGGGCUAUUAGUGAAGCUUUCAAAAUUCAUGUAAAUGAGACUAUAUAUAUUGAUGAGUUUUUGAAGCUUAUGAAUGAAGUCAAAACGGAAGAAGAAAAAAUAGAGUUUCAGCCAUUAAGCAAAAUUGAAGAAUCCUCUAUUAAAAUUGAACAAAAAAUCCCCACGGAAUCUGAAAAAGACUCGGCGAAAAGUAAAUCAGAAAGCCUCAGCAGAGGAUCAAGGCCAGCUUCGCAUAGCAUGAAAUUCUUUCAAAGCACGUCACGAAGAAGCUCAAGAAUAUCGUCGAUUGGAAGCGAAAAAAUUAUUAAACCACUAAAGCUUAGUGAAAUCCAAAAUGAAGCUCCUGCGAAAAAGUCUGAAAGUUCUUCAUCUUCAAGAAAACCCUCAAAAAUUGAUGCAAUAGAAAACGUAUUUUAUCAAAACAGGAAGCCAAAAAAAGAAAAAACACCAGAUAGCACUCCAAAAAUGCCAGCUGAGAUUUUGAUCCAAAACAACGAUCCAAAAGCACAUAAUGAUGUUUCUUUUAGGUCUUCUGGGAACACAUCAGAUGCAGCAUCACAAAAAAGGCAAAAAAUUCGUCCAAGAAUUUACUAUUCUCAGGAUUCUAGCCAUCCCUCAUCCCCUAAUUCUGAAUUAUCCUCCCCUUUACGAUCUACAGAAUCACUCCAACAAGAGCCUAUCAUGAAAGUGGCUAACUAUUUAAAUGGAGAGAAUGAUAAAAAAAGACCUUUAAUGGCUGAAGAAUUUUAUGAGUCACUGGAUGGGAUGCAUUGGCAUGUUAUUACAAAAGCCCAAUUAAAGAUGUGCUUAGACAAGCUACCUUUGUCGCUAUCUGAAGACGAAAAAAAUAUUAUUUUAAAGAUAGCUGACUCAAAAAAUGAAAAUAGAAUUUAUAGUGAGGAAUUUGUAAAAUACUUGAGAUCAUUAAAAAGCAAAGUUCUUGAAAGACAAACAAGCCGAAAAAUAUCUAGAAGAACAAGGCCACCUGAAGUAAAAGACUUGAACCGCAAUUUAAAUGAUUUUCCUGAAGACUCAUUAGACAGCGCUAUAUUUAAGCUAAAAGACUACAUAAAAACCCACCAAAUUUAUAUCACCUCAAUUGAAGCCACUUUUCAAAGACUAGACGAAGAUGGCAUUGGAGCCCUCAAGGAGCCAGAUUUUAUCCUCGCAAUUGACAGACUGAGAAUUGGGAUCACAGAAGCCCAAAUGAACAAAUUAAUUGAGUUCGCAGAUCCCAACCAAAGCGGGAUAAUAAAUUACGUCAAUUUCAUCAAGAUGAUUUCCAGCUAUGAGUUCAGAAGCCUCCAAACAGUAUUAAAACCUAUUGAAAAAAUCAAAGAAAUAAAAGAAACUGAAGAAGAAGAAAAAUAUGUACAAUCCUCAGCGUCUUCAAGGAGUAUGAAAAAGCAGCUUGUAAACCCUAUUGAAGAAAUACAGAAUUAUGUGCUUUCUGAUGUAGAUUUUUUUACAAAAACGAAUGAUGAGUGAAGAACGAUUUUGAAUAGUGAAAUUGCAGCACUGAAAAGAUGUGCAGAAUUGAUAUUCUUGAUAGUAAUAAAUAGUAGAUAUAAUAGAAAUAAAAUAAUUUAUGUAAAUAAAGAAUAGAGUCGUCAAGGAAAAAAAAAUUCAUUGACCCUGAUUUUGGUCCUGAGCAAAUUCAAGAUGGGGCAUUUUGUUUAUAUUGGACAGGAAGCCCACCGAAUAGUAAUUAUCCUCCAGCUGAUGAGCUGACGUGAAUUUCUCCUUCAAAAUUCUUGAAAUCAGCAGUCUUCAUUAAUGGAGGAAGCAAUAAAAACACAGUCAUACAAGGCUCACUUAGGAAUUCCUGGUUUCUUGGAGGCUUAAGCAUUGUUGGCCAGCAAGAAGAAUUCAUCUGUGGCUUCUUAAAAAAGCUUGAAAAACCUGACCAAAUAAACGUAAAUACAGUCCUAGGGAUUUCUAAAGGCACCUAUCCUCCUAUCUUUCAUGCAUUUGCCAAAAAAGGACUCUACGUAAUCCGUGUAGAAAUCGACAGGUCUUCAAAAUGGGUGAUUAUUGAUGACAGAAUCCCAAUGUACGCUAAAGAUACCAAAGAUCCACAAUAUAUAUUUGGCCAUAGCUCAGAUCCCAAUGAGCUAUGGAUAAGCUUAAUAGAAAAAGCAUAUGCAAAACUAUAUGGCUGUUAUGAAGCUUUAAAUGGUGGACUGCUAGAAGACUCGUUGCACUUAUUAACCAAAAUGAAUGUAGAAAAAAUAAAAAUAUCAGCACGUGAGCUCUCACAAGAUAAAAUUAAACUAGAUCAGUUUUGGACGUUACUUAAAAAAUGCAAAGAUGAAAAACUGCUUGUUGGCUGCACUAUUGAUUCAGAAAUAAAUGAUGUUGUUAUUGAUGGAGAAAUUACUGGAUUAAUUGGCCAAUAUGCCUAUGCAAUUGUUGAUAUUUUGUUUGUAAAAAACCCUCGGGCAAAAAAUUCAAAAAAAAGACAUAGAUUGUUAAGGCUAAGGAAUUUUUGGAAUGAAAAGGAAUGGCAAGGAAAAUGGAGCCGAAAAAGCGAAGAACUGCAAGAAUUUUUUGGGAUUAUUAAGCCUGAGCUGGAUAAAAAUAAUGAAGAAGCGUUUGAUAUUAACAGAUAUGAUGGCACAUUUUUAAUGAGCUUUAAAGAUUGGAGAUCGAUAUUUAGCCAUGUGUAUAUAUGCUCAAAUUUCAAGAAGCAAUGGGGAGUCCAAUUUCAAGGGGAUUGGACAUCAGAAACCUCUGGUGGGGUUCCUAUGGAUAAAGAAAACUCAGUACUUUGGUCACGGAAUCCUCAAUUUAUAUUAGAAUUAAAAUCCAGAUGUGUCGUUAAACAUGAAAACCCCCUACCUUCAAUGCCAAACUACCUAGUCUUGAUAAUAAGAAAUAUAACAUAUAUUGCAGCAAAUUUGCUUCCAAGCUAAUCAAACGCGAUUUAUAGCAUGCUUACAAAUAUAUUUAAUAUUUUAUUUCAUAUUCCUACUAUAUACAUAACUUUUAUAUUUAAAAUAAUUUUUCGACUAAUAAACAAUAGAGUUAAUAGAGGAAUAAGCUGGAAUCGCUUAAUUAUCGGCAUUUUAAGAAUGAAUCCAGUAGAAUUCUGUUUUAAAAAAAUAGAGACAAAUAAAUCAAUUCAAACAUAAUGAUGCAUCAUAGGGACAUAAUAUCUAGCAUCGAUUGCGCUAAAUUAUUGCCUUUUAAAAAAUUUAAUCUGUUUAAAUAGCUUAUUUACAUAUAAUACAUGAUAUCUUGCUUUAAAUUUAAUACAAAAAUAAGAGUUAAAUUUGCUAACCAAAUAAAAAUUCUGUCUAUAGUAGAGAUAUGAAAUAAAGUAUUAAAUAUCGUUAUUUGCAAAUUUUUGAACUUUACCACCUAAGUGUGGAAUUUUUUCCGCGUGUGAAAAGGUGAUUUCACGUGUGGAGCCCUUUUGAUUUCACAUGUGGAAUCCUCUUUUCACACGCGGAAAAAAAUCCACACUUAGGUGGUAAAGUUCAAAAAUCUGCAAAUAACGAUAUAUUUUAAAUAUGCUAUAAGUCGUGCUUGAAUAGUUUAGGCGCGAAAAUGCCGUAUAUCUGUUAUAUUCCUAUUAUCAAGUCUAAGUAGUUUGAUAUUGAGGGGUGUUUCAUGCUUGGUCCAGAUGUGAAAUAACAGUACUUCUAAGUCAAGAAGACUGCCGAUACAUGAAAAAUUCAGUGUUUCCAUUCGACGGGACAAUGAAAACUAUAUGUUUCUCUAUCAUGAAACUGAGCCCAGAAGAAGAACAUGCUAAUUUGUUUGAUAAAACAAAAAUUGUUUAUUUAUCAGUUUUAAAACAGCACAGAGAGGUCAGCUGCAAAAUCGACAUCCUACCCGGAAAAUUCGCUAUUAUUCCAGCCACACUCAACUCAGGAGAGACUGGGAAAUUUUGGCUAUCAAUAUAUUCAAAGUGCGAAAGAGAAAAAGUGAAGGUUUACAGCUCCUCAGACCCUGAAAACGUCGGAGUAGAGAUAGAAAACGAAGAAGAAGUCCCAAAGGAGAGCAUCAGCCCUUCAAUUAUCAAUGAUCUACGCGAGCUAGUAGUAUACUAUAUAACAGAUCUUAUCCUAUGUAGCCAAGCUUAUUUGUCUGAUAUUUCCUUUAAUAUAAUUUUUUUAUGCAGCAAAAAUAAUUUAUCUUAUAUUGAUACAGCAUAUAUCUCAAUUCAAUAUAA